AAGCGAUGUUGUUAAUUUCACUUUCAUUAUUACAAUGGCUGCGAAUUGUCCGUCUGUCGGUUACUGGACCAACGUGAAAGGCUUGCUUUUAGAUAUAACAGGAGUUCUUUAUGAAAGACAUGGAAGCGAGGGUUGUGUCAUUGAAGGUUCGGUUGAGGCUAUACAAAGGUUAAAAAACAGCGGAAUACCUGUAAGAUUUUGCACCAAUGAGAAUGCUGUGACGAAAAAAGUCCUCACUGAAAAACUGAGGAAAUUUGGUUUUGACAUUGAAUGUUCCCAGAUAUUUUCUCCGAUUCCAGCUGUUUGCAGUGUUCUAGGAAGUCGUGGAUUACGGCCACUGCUUCUUGUGAAUCCAAAGGCUGCAGAAGACUUUCGUGACAUUGAUACAAGUAAACCUAACUGCGUUAUCAUUGGUGAUAUGGCUGAGCAUUUUACAUAUGAGGUUAUGAAUGAAGCGUUUCAACUUCUCAAAUCUUUAUCACAUCCAGUUUUAUUAGCUUUGGGAAGCAGCAAAUUUUAUCAGGAAAAUGGCAAACUUGUCCUCGAUUCAGGGGCUUAUAUGAAAGUACUUGAGAGUGCCUGUGAUAUUGAAGCUGAAGUGUUUGGUAAACCGUCACCUGAGUUUUUUAAAACUGCCCUCAAAGAUAUGAAUUUAAAACCUGAUGAGGUUGUUAUGAUUGGAGAUGAUAUUGUCAACGAUAUUGGUGGGGCACAAGCUGUUGGAUUGAGGGGCGUUCAGGUGUGCACCGGAAAGUUUAGACCUGAAAACAAGAACCAUCCAACUGUGAAACCUGAUGGAUUUGCCAAAAAUCUGGCUGAAGCUGUUGAUCGCAUUUUGUCAAACAACUGAUUAAUUCUUCAGUGAAUUCUGUGUUAUUUUGUUUUAAUAAUUUCUUAUGAGAAAAUAAAUCUACAAUAUUUGGUGCUGCCAAGAACAGUGUAAGCUUGAGCUUACUCUGUCAUUGCUAUUCAAAGAACAUAUCUUUCCUAAUUUUCAACUUUGGCACAUGGUCACAAAUUCAGUCAGUUAAAUCCACCCCAGGAAAUGGUACAAUUAUUUUAUUAACUCCAGAAUGAUUAAAAAAAAAAGCAAUAUAAGCCUCAGUGAGAUUUGAACCCAUAAUGUACAGAGCCAGAACAAACACCUGCCAGUAUUCCAUGUGACAUACCAAAGAUUUUGUUAAUCUACUGCCACCUUUCUUAAUUAAAUAAUGAGAAAUCAAUCUACAUUUAAACUGAUUACUUCAAUAUUUAAACACUUUAAAUAAAUAAAAUUAUUUUAAUUGAAAA